AACAACUCCCCCUGCCUUGGGCUUACACACGCGGGGACUGGAUUUCCUAUCCCACCCGCUCCCGUGCGGGGUGCCGCCUGCUGCUGCUGCUGCUUAUUUUUUAAAUCAAGGCAAAGCUGCAGGCUUUGAUUUUUGUUUUGUUUUUUGGCCUGCCCCUCUCGGCCCCCCCCCGGUUUUUUUUCCUCUCUUUUGCUUUGAUUUCUGCGCGCGCGUGUGUGUUUUGCCUCCACCGAUCUUCACAACUCGCUUUGGCAUGAGUUAAACAGCCGAUAUGGACACCAAACAUUUCCUGCCACUGGAUUUUUCUACUCAAGUCAAUUCCACGUCCCUGAACUCUCCGACUGGCCGGGGACCUAUGGCCGCACCUUCCCUCCAUCCAUCCAUCGGGCCAGGCAUUGGCUCCUCGCUGGGCUCUCCGGGUCAGCUCCAUUCACCCAUCAGCACUCUGAGCUCCCCCAUCAAUGGCAUGGGCCCUCCUUUCUCUGUCAUCAACUCCCCCAUGGGGCCUCACUCGAUGUCUGUCCCUUCAACCCCCAGCCUUGGAUUCGGAACCGGCAGCCCACAGCUCAAUUCUCCGAUGAACCCCAUCAGCAGCACAGAAGACAUUAAACCGCCCUUGGGGCUCAAUGGAGUUCUUAAAGUGCCAGCGCACCCCUCAGGAACCAUGGCCUCCUUCACCAAGCACAUAUGCGCCAUCUGUGGGGACAGAUCUUCAGGUAAACAUUACGGGGUGUACAGCUGCGAGGGCUGCAAAGGUUUCUUCAAGCGCACAGUGCGGAAGGACCUCACCUACACCUGCCGCGACAAUAAGGAUUGCUUGAUUGACAAGCGCCAGCGGAACCGGUGCCAGUACUGCCGGUAUCAGAAGUGUCUGGCGAUGGGCAUGAAGCGAGAAGGGAUGGAGCACCAUCCAUCCCGGCCCACAAGACUUCUGGGAAGCCAAGAAGAACAAGCUGUGCAAGAGGAGAGGCAGCGAGGGAAGGACCGAAACGAGAACGAGGUGGAGUCGACAAGUAGCGCCAAUGAGGACAUGCCCGUGGAGAAGAUCCUGGAAGCCGAACUCGCAGUGGAGCCAAAGACCGAGACGUACAUUGAGGCAAAUAUGGGCUUGACUCCUAGCUCGCCCAAUGACCCGGUAACCAACAUAUGCCAAGCGGCAGAUAAACAGCUCUUCACCUUGGUGGAAUGGGCAAAGAGAAUUCCCCAUUUUUCAGAACUGCCGUUGGAUGACCAGGUCAUCUUACUCAGAGCAGGCUGGAAUGAGCUCCUAAUCGCCUCCUUCUCCCACCGUUCCAUAGCUGUGAAAGAUGGGAUCCUCCUGGCCACCGGCCUCCAUGUGCAUCGGAACAGCGCUCACAGCGCAGGAGUCGGCGCCAUCUUUGAUAGAGUACUGACAGAACUCGUGUCAAAAAUGCGAGACAUGCAGAUGGACAAGACGGAGCUGGGCUGCCUGCGAGCCAUUGUCCUCUUCAACCCUGACUCGAAAGGACUCUCCAACCCCGCCGAGGUGGAGGCUUUGCGUGAGAAGGUGUACGCGUCCCUAGAGGCAUACUGCAAACACAAAUACCCCGACCAGCCUGGAAGGUUUGCAAAACUCUUGCUUCGCCUCCCUGCCCUCCGAUCCAUUGGCCUGAAAUGCCUGGAGCACCUGUUCUUCUUCAAGCUAAUAGGAGACACGCCCAUCGACACCUUCUUGAUGGAGAUGCUGGAAGCACCCCACCAAAUGACUUAGAGAAUCCUGGCUGGGUCAGUCCCUUCACCCAGCAGGGGCCUCAGUCGCCUCCUCCCACCUCCACUCUUCCUCCUCCCUCUCCCCGGUGCCGGAGACCCUGUCCGAUCUUCUCCGUCUGACCCAGGGUGACACCCCGCCGCCCCUUGCCUCCUCGUCACGCUGACCUCUGCUCAUUUUGUCACCGUGGCGUCGAAGGAGCUGACGAUUGUUUUACUGUUUUAGAUGUAGAGAAGUGGGACGUAGCGUUUCAAAAGCAAACAACCCCCCUGCUCCGCCUCCUGGCAUACCUGAGUUUGAAGCCCACCUGAAGGCCAGGCUUCUCGGCUCCCUGCCUGCCCCUGCCGUAGUUGGGUUUGGAUUUCUGCAUGCGGCCGAGAUGGUUAGUUGGAGGCACGCGUCGGGGUUGAUCCCACCCAUAGGAACCCUGAGCAGCUGGGGUUUGGAUGGGUUGGGGGAGUGGUUUAAUCCUGCUUACCCACAGCUGGAUAUUUUCAGAGGAUGGAGUUUUUGAAAGAGGAAAGAAUAUAUAUUUUUGGUUUCUAA